AGUACACCUUUGAGAGAGCACGUUAGACAUGGAGCAAACGCUUUCAUGGGUAGACAUGGUCGACCUCGACAUCCAAGUCGACUACGAUGCAAUCAUCUUCCCUAUGGAAGAUGGCAGUGACGGUACCAGUGAGCUGCAUCCCACCCAGCCAGAAGAUGGUACAGAGAUCCAAGGGGAAUCUGGUCCCUCUGCUGAAUCUGAGACUCCUCCUUCAGUGGAGCUUCAGCAGGAUUCAUCUUCCUCUGCUGACUCUGGGUCUCUCAGCUCAGAAGAUAUCCAGCCAUCUCCAAGGUCAGAAAAACCAAGGAAAGACCUCAGUGCCUUUACUUCCUCUCAGGCACCUCAUUCAUACCCCCAGUACUUUAAGAGUGACAAGACGCCUGAACACGCCUCAGCUGGUACGGUGAUCCCUCCCUCGUUGGACAUUGAACAGGCGAUCAAACGUAUCAGUGAUCUCACGCAGCAGGUGGACGAUCUUAAACAGGAGCUGCAAGGUAAGGUCUUUGAUCUUCACGAGGAGAGAGAGCGAAGAAUCAAGUUUCAGGUUGAUUGCAAAGCGCAGCUGGAAAAGAUCCAAGAACUGGAAAAAAGUUUAGAACAUGAACGCCACAUGAGAUUGAAAUGUGAAGAGAAAGUGGAGAAGCAGGAAACACUUGCUGCACCGCAGACUGCAGGUGCAUCAAGAUUUCCACGCAUUCCCAAAGUUACGGUCCAUGAGAGCGUUCUGAAUGAGCUUCAGUUUUUUAGGAGGCAGGCAGAAAAAAAUGCCUUGAACAGUGAGAGGCUAGCAAAGGCUUUGGUAGCAGAACAACAGCUGAGAGCCAAAUAUGAGGAUCAGCUGAGGAGUAACUAUCAAGAAGCCUCCAGAUUCAAAGAACAGCAGGAAACAAUCACAUCUCUGAAGAGUCAGGUUGGAGAACUGACCGAAGCGUUGAACCUUGCUUUGAAAAACCAACAUCCUAAAGUUUCCUCGCAAACAGAGGCACCCAGACAAUCAGGGCCUCAAAGAAACAGGGCUGUUCAUGAGGUUAGAGACCCCCAGCAUGAACACAGGAGACAGAAUACUAACAGAGGUUUCAGUGCAAACCCAGGCCUGUACCCACAUGCAGGCCACCAUAAAAACGGAGGCUCCCAUGAAAAUAGGAGACGUCCUCCUUAUAGAGACCAGUAGGCAAACAGGCCUCCAGGCUUUCUGAAACACUGGAUCAAAUUCCUGACUCCAAGUGUGUUCUCGUGUAAAUAUGUAAAUAUAAGUCACAAUCUGUAAAUAAAAGAAAUGCAAGGAAAUCUAGAAAACAAGAAAAACAA